UAUUAUAAAGGCACGUACGACCCGGAGAAAAACACACCGUAUGAGAUUGAAAAUGGAGUCGUGUGGGUGACGUAUAAACAGGCCAAUUACAGCUUGAAAACUGUUCGGAUGUUUAUCCGAUCGGCUGCUUUUUAAUUGGACAAAACAUGAUCAAAUACCCUUUUUUAUAUGUGUAGUAAAACGAAAAUCAAGAGCAAGCGCACACUGAAGCUGGGGUUAGCUAAAUAUUUGAGGCCAACAUGAGAAGGUGCUUUCAGACCUUUAGACUGUUGAUCUGUUCGUAAAUCAUUCUGGGAUUUCAAAAUCAUGUCAAACAGUUUCAUCAUGUUUAAUGGACUUGAUUCUUGUCAGCACUUUGUGCAAAUGUCGCUGCCCUGUUUCUGUAACCAGUGUUCAAGGAAUGACCUGAUGUUUCCAAAGUGUCCUCCCUGUUGCUCAACUCUGUGGAGCCACGACUGAACUCUGCUCAAUCAAUAAAGAUCCAGUGUUCACUUCAGCUGCUGUGCUUUGUGCUUUCACUUACAUCGACAGAACUAAUCACCAAAAGCAACGAAAGAAAUUCAGAUGGUUUUUCAUGUUGGAAAUGUUUGUGCCAGGAAACGGUUUAAAUCUUUCCAACAUACCAAAGAAAGGAUACUAAUAUUAAGGAGACAUGGAGAUACAAACAAAGAUAAAAGUCGCAGGAAACAUGUCUGACGAGCAGAGCCCAUGUCCUGAAGGUGUCGGGGCCGAGGUCAUCUGAGGCACAAACUGCAGCACCGACUUCCAGAACUUUUUUGUAUAAGGCUGAAGCAGCAGAAUCAAGAUGGCCGACAGUCCUACAGUCAGUCCCAGACAUACAUGAAGCAACACUGUCGAGGGACGUCAGGCGUCACCCUGUGUUCAGACGAUGACUGGGUUUCUAAAUGCCCCUCUGGCUGCAGACUCCAGGGUCUGAUCUAGCAACUGGGGAGCAAGGUGGAGAGGAGACUGAGGAUGGUGUGUAAGACAGCAAAGAUGUACGAAGACAUGUCUGAGAAGUCCAUGACGGUGACGACACGCAUCUACAACUACAACCGGAGAGUCAUCGUCAACAGAUACAUGUCAGAGCUGAAGUUCGUGGAAAACGCCGAUGGAUUGACCAGGAACCUUACGUUGCUACGGAAACGGUCAUCCCAGCUGUCGCUACAACUAGAGGAGCUCCGCGGCAACGUCCAGAAACAACUGGAGGACUUGUAUCGAGCAGAGGUGGACAUUGACAUGAAGCUGCGAGCCUGCUCUGGAUCCUGCCGGUCAGUGUCACUGUUCAGCGUCGAUCAUCUCGGCUAUCAGUCGCUUCAAGCUGACAUGGAACAGAUGGACAAGCAGACAAAGAAGUCCGCUACGCCUCCUGAAGACGUCCCACACGUCAAGCUGCAGCCUGUAGACGUCGGCCCGGAGCCGUCGGCAGAGUAUAAGACCAUCCCAACCGUCCAGAGGGAACUGUUGACCCAGUUUGAGGACAUCGGACAGAACCAGGUUGUUCUGGAGGAGCUGCUGGAGGCGGUUGAUCCUGCAAAGCUGGAGUGAAAGGGCUCCACGGAGGCAGGUUUGAUAGAUCACAGUGGAAGUGAAGAGUGGGUGUUUCUGUUUCUUUUCAGCAGCGCUUUGUAACUCGGUUUGGAGAGGGCCUUUUCCAAUAAAUACAAUCACUGUUUUUA